ACCAACACCUAGCUUUUUCAAUCAAUCGCUUUUUUGUAUAUUUCUAUGCUUAUAAUACUAAGGACUAUCUCUUUCAUGUUUUACAUGGUCCUAGGAUUAUUUCUCUUGUGACAUGGAAUAUAUACAAAGUCCUACUCCUAGGAAGCUUGGCUUAUUAGUAAGCUGGUUUAUACUUUCAACAUAAUUUUUCAUAACAAAUAAGUAACCAGCUAAGUUAAGAAGGUAUAGAUGAGUACUGCUAGAUUCAUCAAGUGUGUUACUGUUGGAGAUGGAGCUGUGGGGAAAACAUGCAUGCUUAUUUCGUAUACCAGUAACACUUUUCCUACGGAUUAUGUUCCAACAGUUUUUGACAACUUUAGUGCUAACGUGGUAGUGGAUGGUAACACGGUGAACCUGGGCCUUUGGGAUACUGCAGGACAGGAAGAUUAUAACCGGUUACGACCUUUAAGUUACAGAGGAGCUGAUGUGUUUCUCUUAUCCUUUUCUCUUAUUAGUAAGGCUAGCUAUGAGAAUAUCUUUAAGAAGUGGAUCCCUGAGCUGAAACACUACGCCCCAAAUGUGCCAAUUGUGCUGGUGGGAACCAAAUUAGAUUUGAGAGGAGAUCAACAAUUCUUGAAAGACCAUCCAGGGACAGCACCUAUAACAACUUCUCAGGGUGAGGAGCUAAAGAAGAUGAUUGGGGCAGUUGUUUACAUUGAAUGUAGCGCCAAAACCCAACAGAAUGUGAAGGCUGUAUUUGAUGCUGCUAUUAAGGUUGCAUUAAGGCCACCAAAAUUGAAGAAAAAGCUAGCAGGCCGGAAGUUCAAAGCAUGCACGCUCCUUUGAAAUAUGGGUCAUUGCUCGUAUCUUGUUCUUCGCCUCUUGUAAUAGUAAAGAAAAGAGCCAAACAAGCCAUAAUUUUGAAAUAUAGUUUUUCAGUAACAUAUAUAUGUAGUCAAAAGGGGGGGGUGGGGGUGUUAAUGAGUAGAAAAAUCAAGAAGUGCCAAAGCAUGGCUCUAAGUAUUGUAGUCCUUCACUAAUGGAAUUUAUACACAAUUAUAUUAUAUUUUCCUUUCA